CCCUGUAACAGUGUAAUACUGAGCCACAAAGGCAUCACACCUGAAUGAUUGAUAGGCCCACCAAUGACAGAAGCUAUUCUGUACAGGAGGUGGGACUAUGCAAAUGAGUGACUGGGAAACAUCGUGAUCCAGGUUCUGUUUAUUGCCCCCCAAAAGCAGCUCAUCGUGACCAUUAGAGACGUCUCAGACACAAGGAACGAGAACAAGAUCAACGCUGUGGGAGAGAAUCAGACAGAAGGCUAGCUAUCGUUGAGCCUAUAUACUGCCGAAAUGGGAAAACCAAACAGCAAGCUAGCUCCAGAGAUGCUACAAGACCUAGUGCAGAGCACAGAAUUCACAGAGCAAGAAUUGAAGCAUUGGUAUAAAGGAUUUCUAAAGGAUUGUCCAUCCGGUAUCCUUAACCUACAAGAAUUCCAGCAGCUCUAUAUUAAGUUUUUUCCAUAUGGUGAUGCUUCCAAAUUUGCUCAGCAUGCCUUUCGUACAUUUGACAAAAAUGGAGAUGGUACAAUCGAUUUUCGGGAAUUCAUCUGUGCUUUAAGUGUCACAUCACGUGGAAGUUUUGAGCAGAAGUUAAACUGGGCAUUUGAAAUGUACGAUUUAGAUGGAGAUGGGAAGAUUACAAGACUGGAAAUGCUGGAGAUUAUUGAGGCCAUUUAUAAAAUGGUCGGUACUGUCAUCAUGAUGCGUAUGAACCAGGAUGGCCUAACUCCACAACAGAGAGUUGACAAAAUCUUCACAAAGAUGGACAAGGACAGAGAUGAUCAAAUCACCCUGGAAGAGUUUAAAGAGGCAGCAAAGAGUGACCCCUCCAUAGUUCUUCUGUUGCAAUGUGACAUGCAAAAAUAGCCUCUUAUCCAUUUUCAUGGCUCUGUUGAGCACCCUGCAUGCACCUCACUACCUUCCCCAUCCCACAGUCUCCUGGGACUUUCUUCCUAUUCGGUAACAGAACAUCUUACAGAGUCCUGAUCUCAUGAAAGAGGAAGGUGGUGAAUCAACUUCUCAACAAAUGAUGAUAUGAGACUGACAAUGUAUAACACACACGCACAGGAAGUUACACACAAAGCUACACAGUUCCAUUGUGUACAGGAUUUCAGCUCUCUCAUAACCUUGCUGGAUUUUAAGUAUAGAUAUAAUUUACUAAAUAUUACACAUAUGAAUCCGCCUGUCUCUGCCAGUGCCUAAGGUAACAAGAACUCUGUCUAGUUCUUCAUAGUAGAAAUGUUUCUAUAUGCUGUUUGGUAUGUCCUGGAUGAAUUCAUGUGAUAUGUGUGGUGCUUGAUAGAUAAGCAAUGUCCAUUACACAUUCUGUCUGUUGCUUGAAGCUACGCACAGGGAUAGGCAAAGUCAUUUUGCUACCAAAGUUGUAAUGCAUUUACUAGCCUACAGUACAGUGUUGGGUAAUAUAUGGUGACCCUUAUAAAUAUAUAUGCCACUUUGCAUCCAUUAAUUGCUCCUAUAUAUCUUACAUAAAAAUGAGAACAUUUCUAUAGCUCCUGUACAAACAUAUGUAUAUCCAUGGUUAUAGAAUAAAAAUAAACUAUAUGUGGUCUGUUCUUGCAGUCAUGUGUCAAGCUGGCUAUACAUCAGGCCAACAGCUAUCUCUUCCAACCUCCUAUAAUAAGCUAAGCAUUAACGUACUCUGAAUGGGUAGAGGACAGAAAGCUGCUGCCAGACAUCUCUGAUGGUAGUUUAACUCCCUGAGAACACAGGGAUCUGACAUGUUAAAUUCCAACAGUCCAGCGCAUUCUUGGCAAUAACUUGUGCUGUUGGAAAGUCCCAUACACAGUAGAUGGUUGGCCAAUCUUGCCAAAAUUGGUGCAUUCGGCCAGCCAACUUUAAUCAUAUGUGUAAGACCUGCUUUACUUACUUAUAAAUCCCUUCUAUCUGUAGGCUAGCACAAAGAGGGGGCUAAAGAAGUAGAGGAAUCUGUGACUGCAUGAUCAGACUACACAUAAAGCUUGCUUGUAGUCUAUAACCAUGGAAACACGUAAGUCUGUAUAAAUCUAGACACAUUAAGCUGCAUAGAUAGAUAUUUUUAUCAAGACUCUAAUGGUUGAAUUUUUUUUUUUGGGGGGGGGGGGGGUUACAUUCACCAGUGCAAUGAAAAAACUGUACCUUUAAAAUAUGCCUAAUGCAUUAUAGAGUACAUCCGUCAAAAGCAGAUAACUUGACUUCUGAGCAACAACAAAAAAAUGUCCCUGCCCUUGAUACCAGCCAAGUUAAGCUUUUUAGCGUCUUUAACCUGUUGACGCUACUGUAGCAAGCAGGAGUAAUUCUGAUCGAUCUGAUCUGAAGCAUAAAAUCUUUAGGGAAAUCUGCUUCCCUGCUUUAGCACAGAAUUGCCUCUUCUUGUUAAAAGAGCAAUUCGGCCAAUGUGUUAGGGUGUGUAUAGUAUUGAACACAAUACAGUUUCCUUAUACAUAAAAUUGUGUACACCCAGACUGGAGGUAAAUGUCAUAUUGCUAUUUAGGCAAAUGACAAGUGAACCUACCACUUAAAUAAACCAUAGUUAGGCAUGGGAGGUGGCGUUGAAAGUGUGCCCAAUAAACAGAUGAUGUUAUCCUUGUCUUGUAUGUCCCAAUGGGUAGGGUGGAUAUGGCUGCCCACUGCAUGGCAUGUGCUUUUAUUUUGCUUACAUAUGGCUAUUUGCAUGGUACCUAAGUAGAUUAUUAACAUGCUAUAUAUCAUCACUAAAUGUCUGAGUGUUCUUAAAUGUAAUUUUGUGGCAGAUACCACAUAGGUGAUUGAAGAAGUAGUUCUGUUUCUAUAGAGAUAUCAAAACACCAAGAGCAUGGCAGAUACAUAUUAGAAGCAUCAUUACCACAUUGCUAGGUGUUUCUAGAGACAGGCUCAGAAUUUUGGUUGUAACAAGACUUCUAACAACUAAUAAACAUGAAAUCCCUUAUGUGCCAAAUAAAAGGAUAAGCAAAUAAUAUUUAGUCCUAAUUGUGUUGCUAUGGCUAACAUGGUGCAAUUGUGCCCAAGAACCCUUUGUCAGCACUUUAGGGCCUGUUGGUCUCAUAUGUCCCCAUAACUGUCCCAGCAGAAGAUUCCUAAACCCUUGCCUGCUCUGUGUGUGAGUAUAUAGUCUUAACAGUACAAGUUGACUUGGUAUAUUUUUCUAUUUGAAAAUAAAAAUAUAUUAAAAUGACAAAGA